AUCGAUAACACACUCCCUCGCCUAUCGCUACCCCUGCCGAAGCGUGCGUCUUUCCAAACGCAGUUGCAAUAAAUAAAGGCUAACAUUUAAUUAAUAAACACUGUCUGGGGGUGCAAUAUAGCAGGGAACCAAACCCUUAAAGAUGUCCUCCCGUUCCUCCGAAGAGCGAAACUAUUUACAUCGCAAAUUCGACAGUAGUAGCUACAAGCACAAGCGGUCUGCUUCCUCCUCGUCAGCAAGGACAACUUCCUCUGGACACAAGGACCGCCGGUCGGACUUCGAUUACUAUGGAGGACGUCGUCACCAACGAUCCGGCUCUCGUCGGCGCUCCCGUUCUGGCUCCGACUCGCCUGCUCAGGGAGCCCGUCAAUAUUCCGGACGCACAUCCCGUGAUCGCCAAAGGAUGCAUAAGGCACGCGAACACCCCCAAGCAAGCCGCUGCAUUGGAGUCUUCGGUCUGAGCACUAACACCUCGCAGCACAAGGUUCGCGAGCUCUUCAAUAAGUAUGGUCCCAUUGAACGCAUCCAGAUGGUCAUUGAUGCACAUACUCAUCGUUCCCGAGGCUUCUGCUUCAUUUACUUUGAGAAUCUCGAGGACGCCCGUGUGGCAAAGGACGCCUGCUCCGGCAUGGAGGUAGAUGAUCGUCGCAUUCGCGUUGACUACUCGAUUACACAGCGCGCCCACACCCCCACUCCGGGAGUCUAUAUGGGUCGCCCAUCGCGCUCUGCACGCUAUGGGCGCUCCCGUUCGCCGAGGGCAGGACGACGCCGCGAUCGUUCUGUUUCACCGUACGAUAACUAUCGUCAGCGCAAUAGCCACCGCAACGAUCGCUAUGAUCGCAGCUACCGCAGGAGUCAGAGCCGCCAUCGCUACAUUCAAGGCAAAAGCUAUAGCCGUUCUCGGUCUCCACAAACUCGUCGCAUCUCAUCGCGCUAUUAGUGACUUCCGAAAUGGGCCACUUCCUUAACACGUGCUCCUAUCUUGGCCCGACCGGAUAGUCCUAACGGCCUGCGGAGGAGCAUACGACUGAAAUAUUGUGUUUUUGGUGAAACCAUCCCAUCUAUGGCAUUUGGUUGGCAAGCAGCUCACAACUAGACUAAUUUCCAAAUUCAUUAUUCACCCAAAACCGCUCUUAAUCAUAAAUAUUCGUUAACCAUUACUGAUGCUGUACAAAAACCUAAUUUGUAAAUAUCAGAUCAAUUACCACCAUUACAUACAGAGGUCCGCAUAGAUUGUGAUAUGUAUUUUAAAGGAACUACGGCAAACUGAUAAUAUAAAUAAAAAAACUAAUAUUAA